CUAUGUGCAGCGUGCACGGUUAGAACUGGGGAGGGAGAACAAAGUAAAGGACGGGAGUCGUUCCAUCGGCGCUGGCGGAAGGAGGCCGGUACAGUGUGAAUAACAUCGUAGGACGGGAACGCUUAAAAUCAUGGCCGAGACCGAGAUCGGUUCAGAGGAGCCAGUUUCAAGAAAGAAAAAGGAAGUGCUCGCUGAAAGAGUUUUGGGAACAGUGAAAUGGUUUAACGUGAAAAAUGGAUACGGAUUUAUAAAUAGAAAUGAUACUAAAGAAGACAUCUUUGUUCAUCAGACUGCAAUAACGAAAAAUAACCCUCUAAAAGUUGUCAGAAGUGUGGGCGAAGGAGAGACCGUCGAGUUUGACGUCGUCGUCGGUGAAAAGGGCAACGAGGCGGCCAAUGUGACUGGCCCAGAAGGGGUGCCUGUCAAGGGCAGCCCCUAUGCGGCCGACCGCAGGAGGGGGCGCUUCAGGGGUCGCUGGAUGGCACAGCGCAGGAGGCCACCCCCAAGGCAGUCCACUGGCGACCAGGAGGACAGUGAGGGGGCAGAGCUUGCGGGUGAAGAUGACAACGGUGGGUCCAACCGGCAGCCCCGAAGGGGACCCCCGCCCCGGAGGCCUUUCUACCGACGCUACUUCCGCAGGCCACGAGGCAUUCCCCGCAACUCGGGAGGAGAUCGUGCCAGCCUUCAAGGGGAGGACCUGGAUCGCGGUGAUGACGAGGACGGGGACUACUCGGGCGGCCGAGCCGAUGGUGGCUCUCGGAGGCCCCCCCAGCCUCGCAAGUUUUAUGGCCGCUACUUCAGGCGCCGGCCGCGGCGACCACGCAGUGACACUGAAGGCAGUCAGAGCGGCCUCGACGGGGAAGCGAAGGAGAGUGAAGGCGAGACCCAGCCAGGCCCCGAGAGGGAGCGUGGUGGCCAAACGGGGAGCCAACGUCGGAGACCACCCUUCCGCCCACGACCACGCCGCCGUGGGCAGCGUCCAGGGUCCCAGACACAGGAUGAUGAUGGUGCUGGGUCUCCUGGCAGCGGCGGUGGCGGCGGCGGUGGGCAGUCUCGUGAGGACAAGCCCCCUAGGGACAAGUCUCGGGAAGAGCGGCCAGCUAAGGACAAGUCACCUCGAAGAGAAUCAGCUGGAAAUGGCCGGCAAGGAAGCAAGGCAGCCAGUGGAGGGAGUGAGGCCACCAGCAACGGUGCAGCGGCCCCUUCAGGGAGUCUCGAGUCGUCAUCCUCUUCGGCAGCUGUCGAGGGCACCGUGUCAGCCUGAAGGUUGAAACACCCGGGCAGCAGCAACUCUGUUUUUCCUGAGGUGCACGUCCCCCUCCUUAACCACCACCAACCUGCGACGAGGGGAUGCCCCACCGCUCGGAGCGUCGGCAGCACGGAGUUGGGAGAGAUGGAAAAAAAAAAAACACGCCUUUCGACCAGAAAACCUCUUUUCGCGUUUGAGUGUGUGUGCGUGUGUGCUUAGUCGGCUACCAAAGCUUUAACGAUGUCAUAGCCAAGGGGGGCUGGCGAGAAGAGGGUUCUGCUUUCUACACCCAAGUGUACUUUGCCCAUGAAGAACUGCCAGGUGGAGAAGAGGGCUGCUGGCUCUGGUUUUGCUGCACUUGUUUUUGUCAUCGGUUAUUGAAGGUGCUGGAACAAAGUUGUCCAAAGCACUUUCCUUUUGUUUGGCUGUGUUUUUUGCAAAACUCCUUAAUGUAUCAGUGUAAAAAUGUCAAGACACACUAGGCUCUCACUAAGUGCAAGUCUGGAGCCAAGACAAGGGAGAGGUGGCUUGUUUCGUAAUAGCAAGGUAUUUUUUCGGUUUGGUAUGCCUGUGAAAGAGUGCAUGUUGGAGCGGACGAGCGUGUUUCUUCCCGUGCAGCAGCCCCCAGGCGGCUGGGUCCCCCUUGCUGGCUGUCCUCCCCCACCCCUUUUUCUGCCUGGGACUUGAUUUUUUCAUCUGUUCUGGCAGUCACCACCACUCCACCCCCCUUUUCGGCAUUUUAUUUCUUGCCGUCGCAACGAGUUGUCCUUUGUCACGAUAACAUCUGACGACAUGCACAUGUUUUGUGAACAUCCACAAGCAAAAGGAAGCAACAAUGAGAACCGUCUUGUAAAGAAAAAAGACAACAACAGGAAGUGUGACACUGGAAGCACUCCCCUCCUUGAAAAUCAUGCAAAAAAGACCAAAAUGCAGCCUUGCUGCUGCUGUGAAAAACAAUGGCGAAAGCGCCAAGCGCCAGGCCAAAGUUGCAGCGCAAAGGCAUAGGAGAUGAAGAAAAAAAACUUGCCAAACAUGAUUUGUCACCUCACUGGCUAUCUCGUUAACAUUUCGUUCUCACAGGGUGGUAAAAGAACCUAGGGCACUUUUACACACACACAAAAAAAAAAAAAAAAAGCUUUGUGCUGCCUUGUUUUCCCUAGCACUGUAUUGUUUGUGCAGUGUAGGCAGAUACCAUCAAUGUUCAGUUUGUGGCAUGUCUGCAUGUAUUUGAUGACAUCUAUUGAUUGGAGCUGUUUGCAUGCAAACCAUUUGUUAACAUCUUAUUGAUGGCAUGCAUCAGUUGUGGCUGGUUGCCUUCUUUUGUACUGUGAUUUCAGUUGGUACUUUGGCAGGUGGCACUAACUUUGUACAGGUACAAAAAAAAAAAAAGUUUCUAAAAACAUGUGCAGUUGCAAUAAAAAAAUUUUCCCUA